CUUUUUUCUCGACCUUCUCGACUAACAGUUUCUGUUCUUUUUCAUAAAUAAUUUACAAAACAAUUAUUUUCUUGUUACUAUAGUUCAAUACAUUAUGUCAUUAUUUAUGUCCCUUCGGAUUAUUUCGUUAUUUCUUUUCGAAAAUUUCUACAGUUGAUGAAUUACCAAAUAUGAAUAAAAUAUACAUGGAAAAAGUGGAUGGAGGAAACUUCCGAAUUCUAAAUCGUAAUUUGUAGAAACGGAUUUUUUGUGUCAGUUCUUGCUCAAGAAGCAAUCUGAAGGAAGAAGGAAAUUUGAAGAAAAAAAGAAAGGAUGUGAAAGAAGAAAGAAGUUCGAAGAAAAAUAUUCCCAGACUUCGCAAAAGGAAUUCACCGAGAAGUGUUCUUCGAGAGUUUCACAACGAAAAGGAGACGCAAUGGUACAACAAAAGGUAUUCAACCACCAACGUGGAAUUCAAGGACAUCAGUCUUUCGAUCGUCUUGUUCUUGAAAACUUUUCCGGGCACCAAAAAACCUUUGACAUGGCCAUCAAGAUUUUUGUCAUUUUCUUCGCAACGAGUUUAAUGAUGGCCAGAGCCAGCGUAGUGCCAGGCAUACCUGCACUAGCUGUAGCACCACCACCUCCACCUUUAGUCAAAGUCGACAACUACGAUCCACAUCCACAGUACACCUAUGCCUACAAUGUUCACGACACCCUAACUGGCGAUGCAAAAAGUCAACACGAAACGCGCAAUGGAGACGUGGUUAGCGGAAGUUACAGUCUCAUCGAAGCCGAUGGUACGAGGAGAAUCGUGGAAUACUUCGCUGAUCCCAUUAAUGGUUUUAAUGCUGUCGUGCAUAGAGAGCCAGCAAUUGUCAAGGCUAUUCCUCAAGUGCCAGUGAUACCGCCAAUUGCAGCAAUUCCUCAAAUUCCACCACCACCACCACUGCCAGUGGUUCCUGUUGCUAAAGCCCCACAUCCUUUUGUCGCUCCACAUCCCUAUGCCUUCCAUCACUGACGAUCAUUGUUUCGUCAUUGCUAUUCGUGACCCAAAUAGGGUCCUAGUCAAAUCUCCUGUACAUAUAUCUAUUGCUACUCGUUUGUAUUUUUCUUUAUAUGAAUAUAGAAUAUUUUUAGUAAAA